AAUAGAGUGCGGGCUUUGUAUGCCGAGACCUGAACCCGUGAAACGAUCCUCCGACCAAUAAGCACAGAGAGGACGGUCGAAGAUGGAACCCUCUGCCAUCCCGCCACACCUACCACCAUGGAUAUUGAUCCUGAGCUUCGUAUCUGUUGCGGGGGCGGCGGCGCGACUCGCCGAUGCUGCCCGGUUCUCUUAUCUUUCGAUACGAAGCUCGAUAUCAUUGCCGAUCGAAGUCCAGCUGGAGAGACGAGACGAUGUGUUUUGAGUAGCAAAGGACCCAAGUAUGGGAGCGCUAUCGGUUUCCGAAACGCACCAUCGGGAUUCCAACGACGCCUCCACGGCGGCCUAACGACAGUAAAAAACCGUGUUCCUCAAAUCUCCGGCAACUUUGCUGUCUGGGGCGGCCUUUUCUCUGCUAUCGAGUGCACCUUGAUCCGCUGUCGUCGUAAAGAAGAUCCGUGGAAUUCCAUAUUGAGCGGAGCGCUGACUGGAGGCGUUUUGGCCGCGAGAACCGGAUUUGUAUCGAUGAUAGGCAGCGCUACCGUUGGUGGCAUCUUCUUAGCUCUCGUUGAAGGAUUCGGAAUAAUGGCGACGCGACUUCACGCAGAUUCUUUCGCUCAACACAUGCAGAUGUACGAAAUGGAGAAUCUUCCGGAGUUCACCGGACUUGCGCCGAAAGCGAGGAUAGGUUUCACUGGUGCGCCGAUUAACGUGGAUGUGCCGAUGCAGAUGAAUGGUAAUAGCGUGGAGGUUGAUAUGAUCAAAGGUAGAUGAGGACUUUUCUUAAGCUUCUUUAUUUUCUAUUCUAUUUUUUAAGAGUGUUUUUAGAGAUUUGGCAGUGAGGUUAGUGGUUAUGUAUUUGUACAAAUUGUAUUUGCAUCUUGCGAAAGAAAUUCUUUGUGAUUUUCAAAGCGUUUACGGCGGCGAAGAAUAUUUCGUUUAAGUUUUAACGCGGGAAAUUUUGUUAGAAAGUAAGUUUUGUGAGAAACGAUUUAUGUAGUUUUUAGAAGAAAGUACUGAUCCAUUAUCUGCGCGUGGCUGUUAAAAGUAUGUGAUAUUUGUUUGCAACUGUAUCUAGAUUUUUAUCUAUUGUUAUGUAAUAAAUUA